AUGGAUCAAAGAAACGGUGGCUCUGUUGGGGAUCUUGAGACCUCAAUGGAAGGUGAACGUCAAACCUCCGGGCACACCAGGCAAAACAGCAAUGACAACCCCCACUCUUUUUCGCCUUUGGGAGAUUCGUUAGAAGAAGCUCCGGAGGCCAGAGGUCUUCAAGUCACUAUGGGCGGAGAUUGGAUUUGUAUUUUCGAUUUCAAUGUCACAGGUGCUCACCUGGAAAAGGAAUACUUUGUUUCUGGUUUCACAGUAAUACUACCCACUCUGGUAGACAGUCUAGGAAUACCAUCGGCCUCAGCGACAUGGCCUGCUAGCGCUUUUUCGCUCACUCUUGCUUGCUUUCUUCUGGUGUUUGGCCGCUUAUCAGAUAUGUAUGGAUCAUUUCCAGCAUAUGUAGCAGGUUUCAUUUGGCUUGCUUUGUGGAGCCUGGUAGGUGGAUUUUCAACUGAUCUUAUAAUGCUCAAUUUCUGUCGGGCAUUACAAGGCCUGGGUCCAGCGAUGUAUCUACCUUCAAGUGUAGCUCUUAUCGGCAUCAUAUAUCGACCAGGCCCACGGAAGAACUUGGUUUUCGCAAUUUAUGGAGCAUGUGCGCCGCUGGGAUUUUUCGUGGGAAUCUUCUUCGCUGGAUUGGUAGCUGAGUACACACAUUGGGGUUGGUGGUUCUGGAUUGGCUGCGUCUUUGCAGUCAUCACAGCUAUCACGUCUUACAUGACGAUUCCUUCUGAUAUUGCCAAAAAGCGGAAAGUUCGCGACGCACGCCAGGGAACGGACGAUCAAGUGAGAAUGGAUUGGUGGGGUGCAGUUUUCAUUGUCGUGGGACUGAUCCUCUUUACCUUCGCCAUCAUCGAUUCGGCCCACGCACCGAGUGGCUGGAAGACGCCCUAUAUCUACGUUUUAUUCAUUGUCGGGAGCUUGUUGCUUUUUGCCGCUGCAUACAUCGAGAUCCACACCAAGCAAGCCUUGAUUCCGAGCUCUUUUUUCAAAGUCCCCUCCAUGGUACCGCUUGUCUUUGCACUUUUCUUGUGCUACGGUUCUCUGGGAAUAUUCUUGCUUUAUGCCACAUUCUACAUGACUGGUGUCAUGGGUGGUACCCCGUUACAGCUUGUUGCGUGGUAUGCACCAAUGGCUUUAGGCGGCUGCAUAAUUUCUACACUUGGUGGCUUUGUUCUCCACCUACUACCAGGAACAGCCCUUAUUGUCACAGCUGGAGUAGCCUGGAUCGUUGCACCUUUGCUAUUUGCCAUUGCUCCAGCAGGCGCCAAUUAUUGGGCAUAUAUAUUCCCUGCCAUGAUAUGUGCAACAAUUGGUAUCGACAUAACAUUCACAGUGGCUAACAUAUUCUUUACUACUUCCCUAUCAGAAUCACAGCAAGGUCUUGCUGGCUCCAUGGUGAUGCUCAUUCUACAUUUGGGUAUUGCGGUUUGUCUUGGAUUUUCCGAUAUCAUCAACACUUACACCUUAGAUCGUCUGGGCCUGAGGCAAAGUUACCACGCAGUAUUUUGGUUCGAAGUUGCUUGUGCGGGUGUUUCAUUGAUAAUAAUGGCACUCUUUGUCAAAAUCAAGAGAGCAGAGAGUGAAUUGACUGUCGAUGAGAGAAUGGCGGCAAUGAAUGACAUGCAAUUAGAUCAAUCGACGACCGGGGCGAGAAAUAUGGGUACGGACAGUGCAGAUGUUGCAGAUGAUGGAAAGUUGAACUGA